AUAUAAUAUAUUGUUUUCGGGACCUUUUGCAGGCACUAUUCGUUAUUCAAGUUGUGAUCAGCUGGUGUAGACAUUGAUGAAGAGUGCUUUCCGUGACCACACACUGUGGUUGUUUUAUUAGGGAUACGAAAUGUGGUCUGCGGGAAACUCUUCACGCCGUAGUGAGGGGUCUUACACACCUGAGCGUGAUCGCCAGCGAUCAGAGCAGUCUCCACCCUUAUCAAGGUGCUCCAAUGCAAGUUCACAAGGCGUAUUGAGCCGUAAAGGUUCCAUGGAUGUCACGCAAUCCUUGAGCAACACUGCCAGGAGUAAUAGGUCACUGCAAUGUGAUGAAGGCUCGGUACAGGAAGACGUGUCGCUUGCGCCGCAAGCUUCGUUUUUCAAGAACAAGUCGUCUACUCCGGGUUCUAGGAGUAGUGCGAGGUCAGAGCGCGAUGCUGGGAUCAAUCUCCAGGAAAGCCACAACACAACCUCAUCUGGCGAUACUAAGGGCAUAUCCAGCUCAAUGAGCAAUGAGAAGUUAGAGGCUGCCUGUAGCAAAUAUGGUCUUACCACCGAGAGCAUCGAAGAGAUAUUAUCCGGCAGGAUGCAAUCUAGGGAGCUGGUAUCAGAGCGUAGCGACACUUCAUCCGAUUGCUUCCGUGAGGAGAUGUUGAUAUACCUGCUCAAGCAGCAGGUUAAGCUCAAGAACCAAUUGAAACAGCAGAAGAAGAACAUGGGUGCCGUGACACAAUCAGAAUAUAGAAAGGCGUCUUAUGACAGAACCCGGGACAAACAACAUACCAGGACUAAGCGUUGUAAGGACCUGAGGGAACUGACCAAGGACGAGCUUGAGUCAUUCGAGGAGAUGAUGGAGGACAAUAGUCCAAUGUCUGACACGGACGCCACAAUCAGUGAGAAUGUCCAUGGUCCAUCGCGUACCCAUAAAAAGAUCAUACUGUCUGAUAUAGAUGAAUAUGCGAUGGAUACUGAUCUCUACUCGUCCCAGGAGGCAUCACCAGCCGUUGGCGACACUAGGUUAUCCAGACAGACCAAUGUCCCUAGGAACCAUAGGAUGACAGACUGCCGGCUGAAAAAGCAGUCUUCGGCUGACACCGUCAUAUCACAGGAAGCCGAUUCCCUGCAUAACGAAAUCGAUCAGUUGAUAUAUAACCUUGAGAACAAUGACAUUAGGGGCCAGCCAAGGGAUGUUAACCCUGAACCUGUUCAAUAUGGUGUACCGCCAAUACCGAACACUUUUGUGUAUCCACCCAAUUUCUACGAUUUCCAAGCUAACAUGGAACCCGAGGAGGUGGUACUACCCAUUAAGGUGCCCAUAAAACCACCUACUCCCGAGGUAUGUGAUGCUGAAGUGAUGACUAACGAAACUGCCCGUGUGCGUGAAGUUAAUGAAUACGACAUGUUUGAACGUGAUAUCGAGGAUUAUGAGGAGGAGUUGAAGCGUUCACACCAAACUGAUUAUACCAGGGUGGGUAAAGACGGCAUAUCGUGGGAAAUAACUGAAUCGUACCUCAAGGAGGAGGAGCGUAGGAUGCUUCAGGAACGCAAGCGUGCGGAGUUAUUGAAGCAGCUUAACGAUCCCAUCGGUGCAAAGGGCCCUUCGUUGAAGGACCACUAUAACAAGUGGGUCUCACAGCGUGAUGCCAAGACUUCCAACGUCAAGAAACACAACUGCUUGGGUGUUGAGAAGCAGGCGACUAUGAAUGAGGAAAAUGUAGGACCCAUACAUAUCCCAAAUAUAUUCAGGAGACGUAGGGAGUACUCCCGGGAACGGGAGACUCCACAGUCUGAAAUGCCGAGGCAAAAGACAGACCCUAGACAUGAUGCCCGGAAUAAAGAUCCGAUGAAUGACGAAACGAGGUUCAAGGAUGUAUACAUCAGGGGCACGUGGGAUCCCAAGACAGGCGCCAUUAAAAUAAGUAAUGCCUUAGAUAGUAAUCAAUUCACAGAUAAGAAUCGAACACUUGAUGAAUAUAUAAACUUUUUAAAACAGAAUCCUGGGAACUGGAGCCAAGAGGUGAUGGACACUGGUAUCAAGCCGAAGCCGUCGGAAGAGGAUGUAGAUGCAAGCUCCGGUGAGGAGUCGCCAGAAGUAGAGGUUUCCCCGGAAGAAACGGCACGUACCGAUACAACCGACAGCACAUACGAUCGGGAUGAAUUUCACGUUGCCCCGGGGCCUAUACCGUCAGAUGCCGAGCCUGAUUACAGCCCGGGGAUGCGUCGGAAGUAUGCCAUGGGAUUUAGUGAUUAUUAUGUACCACCUAUGCGGAACCACCCUGAUAUGUAUAACCCCGGUAUGUGCAUGAUGCCCCGGGGCCAUUUCAACAUGCCCGAGGAGCCGAAGCACCAUCAUUACCACUACUACUCCGACCAUAGGCAUAAGCGGUGCCACCACAAGAGGAAGCAUAAACACUGCUGCUCCAGGAAGAGACGUGAUCGUGUUCAGUGCAAGUGCUCACAUGAAGAUGUGCCCAAGGAUGUGGAGCCACCAGCUAGUGAUACCCAGGAUGCUACCAGUACAACACCGGGGUCAGAUAGCUUGAUGUCUACAGUGACCUCCACCCGUGAUAUCGUCACGCCAUUGUCCGUCAAGGAUAUAGUAAAUAACGUUCUGCACGCAAAGAGCACUGAUUUCGUCAAGGUCACGACGUACCACGAUGCGCCCCGUAGCCCAAAGUCUGCCGGUGAUAAUGCCUCCUGUAUGUUAAAUGCAAUGUCAUGCUGCACUGACGUGGCAGUGGAUAAAGAUGACGCAAGUCCUAAAUCGCCAAAAAUGGUAAUAUCCAAAUACCCAAAGGUGUUUCAAGUAAGGGGUAAUACCAGAGCAACUGCAACGAGAUCCGUUUCACCACUACGUAAGUUGGAGGGAUGUUUCAAGGAGGCUAAGGCAGUACCAGAGACAACUAAAGUUGAAUAUGAUACCGAUGCUGAAUUUGGAGAACAAUUCACUUUCAGGGAAGGUAACAAGGAAACCCAGCAAAAGGAUGCGUCGCCCAUGUUCAAGACUAAAGCUAUAUACGUUGGUGAGAAUGCAACAUAGGUCAUAAUAUUCAAGUAAUA